CUCUUAUUAAUAUUACUGAUGAGCCAAUGGAAGAAAUUGAGACCGGAGAACUGGGUGAGCCCAAGUUUGAAGAGAGGGUUGAGUCUUUGGAAAGGGAAUUGGAUACCACAUCGAUUUGUAAUUCGUCACAGCCACCACGAAACUCUGUUGAACUUCAAGGUUUAGUGACACAGGAUCGAAAACGGAUAGAUGAGCAAUUGGGUGUCAACUUAGGCAUGCUUCCAAAACCACUAUUCAGUAAGAUUGUAGAGGACAAAAAAGACGAUCAGCUCGAAGAUGAAGACGAGGUUGAAGAUGAAGACGGAGAGAUUGGAGGGUUCCGUCGACCAGAGAGACAUUAUAUUCGCUACACUGAGCCGUCUGAAGGAGAGUUAUUUGAAACAGUGGAGUAUGAUAUGGACGAGCAAGACGAGGCAUGGCUUCAAUUGCUGAAUACAGAGAGAAAUAGCGAGAAUCUUGGUGAGGUCUCAGGGGAUCUCUUUGAGAGCAUUGUAGACCAGCUCGAGAAAGAAUGGUUUGAUUUGAUCAAAACGUUGCCAAAACAAACCAGUGAUGAACCUACUCUUCCUGAAGACUCUACAUGUGCUAUAUGCGACGAUGGCGAGUGUGAGAACAGUAAUGCGAUUGUAUUUUGUGAUGGUUGUAAUCUUGCAGUUCAUCAAGAUUGCUAUGGAAUUCCAUAUAUACCAGAAGGCCAAUGGUUGUGCCGUAAGUGUAUGGUAUCACCGGAAAAUCCUGUUUCGUGUAUCUUUUGUCCAAACGAAGGAGGUGCAUUUAAACAAACCAAUACCAACAAAUGGGGACAUUUAUUGUGUGCCAUUUGGAUCCCAGAGGUGGGACUGAGUAACAGUGUGUAUAUGGAGCCGAUCGAUAAUAUCGAUAAGGUUCCGAGGAGUCGAUGGAAGUUGACGUGCUAUAUAUGCCGCAGGCGAGAAGGUGCAUGUAUCCAGUGUGACCAUAAGCAGUGCUUUGUAGCUUUUCACGUCACUUGUGCACGCUGGGCAAGAUUAUGCAUGCGUAUGAAAUCACACAGCUUACAUUGUGAUGGAGUGGUAUUAAAGGCAUUCUGUGAUCGGCACACACCUCGAGACUACCGUGAAGAAAAAGGAAGUCAGAGGCGAAUACCACGAAGACGCCAUGUGGAUGAAGAUUUAGAAGACGAACGACUUUUGAAUAUUUCAUCUAGCCUUCCGUCAGAAGAAGAAACAGAAUCUACGAAUGAAAAUAAUAAGAAACGAAAGCGAUUUACACAAGAUGAAAAUGGCGACCCACGUUUGAAUAGCGGGGGGAAUACGGUAGCACAGCUUUUACCAAGCUCAAAGGCAGCACGUGCUCAUCAACAUCAUUAUUCAGCUGGAGCACCUAUAGCACCUGAAUCAAUCAUAUCUAAAUUGGAGGAGUUGAGGUGUGUCAAACAGGCAAGCCAUCUUCGGAAAAAGCCCCAAUUGAUUACAAGCAUAUGUCGCUAUUGGUCUUUAAAGCGAGAAUCAAGGAGAGGAGCACCUCUAUUGAAGCGCCUUCAUCUAGAGCCUUGGACAGCCUCUUUCUCUCAACAUAAACAAACUGAGGUUGAGAAGGCUCGUCGGAACAAAGCUACCCAAAAGCUACGUGGUGAUUUAGAGAAGCUUCGAAUGUUAUCUGAACAAGUGCGUAAAAGAGAGAAGCAGAAAUUGGAACGAAUGCGUAAACAGAAAGCUUACAUUGAGACGAUACUGUUUCCUGUCGAAUAUAUUAUCAAGCCUAUAUUGGUACAGCUAAUGGAACUUGACAAGAAAGAUCUGUUUCAUUAUCCGGUAACAGCUGAAGUCGCUCCAGAUUAUAAUGAUAUUAUCAAAACCCCGAUGUCUUUCUUUGAUAUCCGAGAACGAUUGUCUGCACACAAGUACAUCAGCUUAGAUCAAUUCGAGGGUGACAUCAAGCUAAUAUGGAAGAACAGUAUGACAUACAACAAGCCUGAUACGAUGUAUUUCAAAAUAGCCCAAAAACUCGAAAAAUUGGCUAAAGAGCUUAUGGAACAAGCUAGAGUUGAUUACAAUGGGCUUAAACUUACAAAAGAAACUGGAAUCUUGGAUAUACCUAUUGAUCCUGAAAUUUUCACUUAUAAAUACACCGAGCCUCCAACACCAGAAGAGAUUGCUGCUGAAAAGCUUGAAGACGAAAGAAUAGCGAAUGAAGCAAAGGUUAAGAAAGAAGCUGAACUAGCCGAAGACUUGGCCAGGCAAAAAGAAGAAAAGCAGGUCGUCGUUGACCCUAUCAAUGCAGGUCAAGAAGCUCAGGAAGCUCAGGAAGCUCAGGAAGCUCAGGAAGCUCAGGAAGCCAAGGAAACCCAGAUAAUAGAAUCAAUUGAAAGUGUUCAUGAAAACCAUACAAUUUCGGUAGCUCAGGUAGCCCAAGAAAUCCAAAAAAUUCAAGUAGUCAAAGAAACUAGGGAUAUUCCGAAUACAGAUGGAUCACCUCUGUUAGAAGUAGUAGAAGUAGUAGAAGAUCUACGGAAGCCAGAGUCAUCCUCUGCGGACGUUUCUCAAGUAUCGGAAGAAUCACCUUUGUCGGAAGGCCUAUUAAUCUCAGAAGCAUCAUCUUUAUCUGAAGAUGCUCAUCUUUCAGAAGAAUCUCCGCCAGAAGAGCAUCAAUCGACAGAUAGAGCACAGAUCAUUACAGAAAAGGAUCACGAUGUCUUGGAAGGUGUUGAUGUUGUAGAACCGAAGCUGUUAAAAACAAGCGAGAAAAAAGGAUUAUCAAGUGUUGAAGCCUCGUCAUGCCUUUCAGAAGAAACGCACGUAUCAGAUGAAUUGCAUGUAUU